AUGUAUCGAAGGCCAGCGCUGGAGGCUGACAUCGGAGGCUUAUGCUAUACUUACACUGCAUAUGUCUGGUGGCUGAUAUUGGCUGCGCUUCUUGGCAUGUUGCUUUGCCUGUGGGUCACGCGGCUUCCUCACAACGCUUUUUUCAAGAAAUAUCUAGGUCAGGCCGGUCGGACGGACUCUGAUGGCAGCGCGCUAACCAAGACAUCAGGUUCCACGAGCGACAACUUUUUCUCGACUCUGGCCGUUUUGCUGACACAGUCCAUCCCGAACGUGCCCCAGGGAGGUCCCGUCAGGAUCGCCUUCGCUCUCUGGCUGCUCGUGUCCUUCGUCCUCGCCUCCGUCUACCGCUCCAACCUCAAGGCCAUGCUCAUCCUGCCGAAGGUUAACCUGCCUUUCGACGACACUGAGGAACUGGCGGACUCUGGCCUGCCGCUCAAGGUGACUUUCCGAAGUCUGCUGCACCGGAGAUUGUUGAACGCCCCGCCUGGUUCCACGCUCUCCCGUCUCGUGCCGAGAAACGACAGCAUAUACUUUGAUAUGAACUUCUCCACAGCAUUCAAGGAAAUGAUGAAAGGGGCGCCUGUAAUUGCUGCUUCUCGCACAGUAAUCCGAAACGUAAUGGACGAUUCUUUCUCAAAGACUGGCAAGUGCCUGUCAUACGUCAUGACUGAUAAUCUAAUUGGGAUGAACUACUACAGCUUCGUGUUUCCAAAAGGAUCGCCGCUGAAAGCCCAAGUAGACCCUCUGAUUGUGAAACUUCGGCAGUCUGGCAUCAUAGACUAUGUUUUCAAGAAAGCAACUGCAAAUGCAACCGAAUGCUUAAAACCUCCUCAGUCACAGUACCAGCACGAACUUCGACCGCUGGAACUACGUGAUUUCUAUGGAGUUUUUCUUCUAUACAUUGGAGGAAUAUUCACCGGACUUCUGGUCUUCCUGAUAGAACUUGUCUGGGCUAAACUUAUUAACAGUCUGAUGUGUCACCCAACCUGCCGUCAAAUUUAG